AUGGCAGGAAACGUGGGGUUAAGCCUAAUCCAUGAGCCAGAUACGUCUGGGGUUGGAGCCCAUGAUACCGCUGUUGAUAUUGUCUUCAUACACGGGUUGGGAAGCAGCCCUUCUAAAACCUGGACUGCAAAUGAGACUGGCACUUUUUGGCCGAAGGAGUUUCUUCCCAAGAGCAUUCCCAGUUGCAGGAUCUUGGUCUACGGGUAUCAGUCCCAAGUGACAGAUUCCACCAAAGCUUCAAGCAUUUUAACUCAUGCCGGGGAUCUGCUAGAGGCUCUCAUAAUCCAUCGCAGUCACAAUCAAAAGGCUAGUGUCAUCCCCACUAAGCAGAUCAAUUCCAAAUUCAUAUUCGUUUGCCACAGCUUAGGCGGACUUGUGGUUCAACAAGCCUUGAUUACUGCCACAAACAGCUUGCAACCCGACCAUCGCAAAAUCAGGGAUGCCAUAUCUGCUAUAGUAUUUCUCGGUACACCCCAUCAUAUUGAUAGCAGUAGCCUCGCAAAGGCUCUCCAAUAUUCCGAACCCAAAGUAAGGCACGCAGAAUUGACGUGCGCUCACUUUCCCCACCUCAAACAGACGGCUUUACAUUUCGCAAGCAUCCUACAGGAGUUCCAGUAUAUUCACCCCCAGAAAUUGUCCAAUAUUAAUACUGUCUCGUUCUUUGAAGAGCUUCCUAUCCCGGGCAUUGGACUGGUUGUCGACUAUCCCUCCGCACUAUCCACUCCGUCCACUCUUAUUCCACUACAUGCAAACCACGAGACCAUAUGCAGGUUCAAAAGUUUUAACGAACCAAACUACCUUCGAGUGGUGGGAGAAUUAAAGAAGUUUGUUUCCCCAUAUAUUGAGAACCGGAGUGUCGCCGAUUAUAAAGGGAUCCUUCGCUGGCUUCAAAUUGACAACGGGGGUGAUACUUUCAACCCAGCUCCGGCUGGCACUGGCAACUGGUUCCUCAACCACCGGGAAUUCAAGUCUUGGGUGGACGACCGCAGUUCUAUCUUGUGGAUUAAAGGAAACCCGGCCUCAGGAAAAACAAUCCUAUUAUCCAGUAUCAUCCAGACAUUAAAAACCCCGGCAUUCAAAAAGAAACCUACGAUCAUUGCCUAUCAUUACUUCCACCACGGCUCCUCGGGUACUUCUCCCAGUGCCUUGUAUCAGUCGUUACUCUUUCAGAUUUUAUCGCAAAAUCCAAGUGUCAUGUCUGAUUUUACUUCUCUACUUUACGAAAAGAGGCAUUGGUACACAAAACCUGACAAGCCUAACGCCGACUGGAAAACAUGGAUGUCUACACACCUAAUUGACUUUCUCGAAGAAAUCGUAAAGCAAGCAUCAAGAACUCACGAAUUACGCAUUUUCGUCGAUGGCCUUGACGAAUGUAGAGAAGAAGAGUUGCCAUCCGUUCUAUCUCUUCUUUCUCUUAUCGAUUCAACUGUUUCGGAAAAUCCAAUCAAAUUGUGUAUCUCGAGUCGGCCUUGUCCAUAUCAGAAAUUAUGGUGCCAUCCGCAUCACCGCAAGAUUUCCCUCGAAUAUGAUAAUGUUACGGAUAUCCAGCAAUUCGCAGAGUUGCAAGUGGCAGCACGCUUUCCACAACUCCAAGAUAGAAAGGGUCUUGCUGAAGCACUGGUAGAAAAGGCAAGCGGGACGUUUCUUUGGGUGGAGCUUGUGCUGAACACCCUCUCACAGCUGGAAUAUUCUAGAGAAAUACCCGAGUCAUUGCUUUUGGGCAUCCCCAGCAAUCUCCAAGGGUUCUUUCAAUUUAUUUAUGAUCGUAUUGUCCAGAAAAAAGAUAUCUUGGGUACGAUGGCUAAAAGAGCUCUCAGAUGGGUUACCUUUGCAAGAAGACCACUUUUGCUUAAGGAACUAGAGGUUGCUUUAGGUGUCUGCGAGCCACCUCAUGACAUAUCCAGUGGUAUCUCACCAGAUAUUGUUGCAAAGGGAACGUCUUCACCACAGAGUGUUGGCAUUGAUCAGAUUAUCAAUACUUGUGGGGGCCUUUUGGUGGUACGUGGUCCAAACGCCACAGUCCAGUUGGUCCACCAAACGGUUCGCGACUUCCUACUGAGCAUGGCCGCGAUAGAGGGUUCAAAAUUAAGGGCCCCGACAGUCAACCCCCUUAAGAAUGGAAAUAUUCUUAUUGCGGAAGAUUGCGUUUUGUACCUAUCUUCCAUGGAAAUGAGCGAUAAACCUAGAAAGUCUUUUGAAAACGAGGAAUCUAGCUUUUUGGAAUAUGCUGUCAGUUACUGGGCGGAACAUGCAAAAUUGGCCGACAGCCCUGGAUUUUCCCAAGUGGUCCUUCUCAAGAAUUUACGCUGGCCGUCAACCAAGGUCUUGGAUUAUUGGGCUCAUCUCUAUCAUCAGAAGGCCAGAGAUGGCACUCGGUUUGAGUAUUUUGGAUGGACGGCUCUCCAUGCUUCGGCAGCCUUUGGGCUUCAAAAUUUAGCCCUGGUUAUUUUUGAGGCUGAACAGCAUCAAUUUUCAUCUUGUGAUAUUGGGGAUGCUGUUGGGCGUACUCCAUUGUCAUGGGCGGCAGAGAAAGGGCACAUUUCUAUUGCCAAACUCCUGCUCCAGAAGGGGGCAAGCAUUGCUACGAGGGACACCCGUCACGGACUAUCACCCUUGCAGUGGGCAGCUUUGCAGGGCAACCUUGAGGUGGUCAAGCUACUUCUCGAAGCAGGAGCUAGUCCUGAUGAAAACGUCAGUGGAUGCACAGCGCUUUCAUUAGCGGCGGCAAGAGGGCAUGAGCCGGUGCUUAAAAUCCUCUUAGACAAGGGCGCCACUCCCAAUCUGUUUGAUAUGCACUCGGGGUGCACUCCCCUUCACUUGUCAGCUGGAUACGGAAAUGAAGCCGCGGUAUCACAGCUUCUUGCCCACGGUGCCAACCCUAACCUUGUUGACAAGUUUAGGAAGCAAACACCACUGUACUAUGCGAUAUCCGGAAGCCACCAUGCGGUUGUGAAGCUCUUGCUCGACCAUGGGGGUGGAAUGCGAGAAAGUUCGGCCGAACCCUCAACGGAUACUUCGAGAUCUUGGCCUGAUCGAAUUGGCUACUCGUUUUUGAAAACCCUAGAAAUUACGCCGCGUUCUUCUUCACGCAGCUCAAGUACUACUACACAAGCUCCCUCUGGAUCUGUGUCUGGGUCUGGGUCUGGCAGCCAUGCUCCUAUAGGUGGCACACAUAAAGGCUCCAAUAAGACUUCGAAGAAGCGGUCUCACGAAAGUCCUGAAGAUGGAGCAGACGGUGGAGAUGGCGAUUCUGGUGACGGCCCCAACAAGAAACCUGCGUUAGGCCCAAAUCCUACUACCAGUGGAGAGGAACCCAAGCUGAACCUUGCAUGCCCAUACUUUAAACAUGACCCUGGACGAUACGGCUCGAUGAAACUUUGCCACGGUCCCGUUGGUUGGCCAACUGUUGCCCGUCUAAAGGACCAUUUGUACAAACGGCAUUGGGUGAAAGUUUGCUCCAGAUGCUGCUCAAUUUACAAAGACAAUGUAGAACUUGAAGCUCACUACAAAGCCACAACAGCUUGCACUGUGAAGCUUGAUAGGAACUAUGCAGAUGGUUUCGACGAUAAUCAGGAAAGGCGUUUCCGACCCAAGAAGAGGGGUGUAGAAGAAGUACAGUACUGGAAAAUGGUGUACCAAAUAUUGUUUCCCACAGUUGGAAUCUCUAGCAUCCCAUCCCCAUGGUACGAAAAUGUGAGCAAAAAGUCUUACGACGAGUCUUGUGCUAGCGCCCGGUUGCAUGACCCCCUUCUCCGAAACGAAGUUCAGCAGUUGGUAGGAGAUCCCACACUUGUUGGCCCGCUCUUGGAUAUUAUCAACAGGCACCAGUCGGUAUCUGUCAGACCAGCUAUGGAAGGUCACGGCAGAUCCCCUCAGAUGCCAGUUCUCCCUCCACAAGGUGCAAAUGACGACGGCCUUUCUAUGUAUCAACCGGCACCUUUCGACCUCCCCUCAUCUAGUUAUGACGGCUCCGUUUUUCCUCAGAUGCCGUGGAUGCCGUCAUUCUUACAACCGCCUCAUUCUCAAAGUGAUUCUGGUUUUUGGACCGAUUCAUCGGCCAUUACUGAAGGGGAUGGCCUGGAAUUUGCCUUUCAGGCAACUGGGUUUGGGGACAUACCCUUAGCGCAAAAUUCAACAGCAGCCCAGAUAUCGCAAGCCCGCGAACCAUCCCAGGAUGUUUCGCGUAAUGCUCCUGGCUCUCUAAUGUUUUCCCCAACAGAAGUUUACUCGACAGUACACAACAACCUUGAUUCCGGCUUCUUGUGGGAUCAAAAUGAUAAGCAAGCUUUAGACGACUCCCAAGAAUAA